AUGGAGAUGAACAACAACCUCCUUAAGGCAAUGGUGGAAAGGUGGAGGAAAGAAACACACACAUUCCACCUUAUGGAGGGAGAGAUGACGAUAACAGUAAAGGACAUUGCCAUGCUGACAGAGCUUCUAAUCAAUGGUGAUGUCAUAAUAAUGUCUUCAUCCUCCUCUCCCAAUGUAUCGCAGAUAAUGGGGCGGCGAUCCGAUCGCAUCAGAUCAAGGUGUGUGACUCAUGCUUGCUGGCCGCAUGGACCUCCAUUCCUCGUUAGCCGUGUAACUAUCGAGGCGUUCUUCAAUGAAACCCCUCACUCGACGCCAGUUUUCCCAAGUAUAGGGGUAGCCACGGAAACCCAUAUCCUGUAG